AUGUCCAAGAACAUCAUCGUCACAGGAGCCACCGGCAAACAAGGCGGCGCCUUAAUUGACCAGCUCACCAACAACCCCUCCUUCACCCUUAUCGCCAUCACCAGAAACGCCACAGGCGCCGGCGCCGAAAAGCUCAAAUCCAAAGGCUCCAACAUCAAAGUCGUCCAAGCCGACCAGAACGACUGUCCCGCUCUCUUCGCCGCCGCAAAGUCUGCAGCAUCGGGACCAAUCUGGGGCGUCUACAGCGUUCAAAUUGCCCAAGGCCACGGCCCCGCCUCAGGCUCCGGCGAUGAAGUCCAGCAGGGCUGCGCCAUGGUCGAUGAGGCCGUCAAGGCGGGUGUCAAGCACUUCGUCUACAGCUCCGUUGAGCGCGGUGGCGACGAGCACAGCUGGGAGAGUCCCGUCACGUCUGUGCCUCAUUUUGCAACGAAGCAUAAUGUCGAGCAGCACCUCAAGAAGAACGCCGGAUCAAUGGGCUGGACGAUCCUCCGCCCCGUCGCCUUCUUCGAGAACCUCGCCCCCGGCUUCCCGGCGAAAGUCUUCAUGGCCGCAAUGCAGAGCACCAUAGGCGAGAAACGAGUACAAUGGGUUUCGACCAAAGACAUCGGCUUCUUCGCAGCCCUGGCAUUCAAGGAAUCGCAAGAGUGGAAUCACAAGGCGAUGGGGUUGGCGGGCGAUUCGUUGAAUGUCAAGGAGCUGUGUGAUAAGGUUAGGGAUACUACGUCGACGAAUAUAUACCCGACGUUCUGGUUCUUGGGGGGCGUGUUGAAGUAUAUGGUGGCGGAGAUUGGGCAUAUGAUUACGUGGUUUGGGGCGGAGGGGUAUAGGGCGGAUGUGGAGGCUUGUAAGAGGUUGCAUCCGGAGAUGAUGGAUUUGGAGAUGUGGUUGAAGAGGGAGAGUACGUUUCCGAGGAAGUAA